AUGGACGCGUGCGGGUUGUCGGACGUGGCGCACAUCGAGUCGCUACAGGAAAAAUCUCAGUGCGCCCUGGAAGAGUAUUGUCGGACACAGUACCCGAAUCAGCCGAUCCGGUUCGGCAAGCUGCUGCUCAGGCUGCCGUCACUGCGCACGGUCAGCUCGCAGGUCAUCGAACAGCUCUUCUUCGUCCGGCUGGUGGGCAAGACGCCCAUCGAGACGCUCAUCCGGGACAUGCUGCUUAGCGGCAGCAGCUUCAGCUGGCCGUACAUAAACUCCAUGUGACACUCCGUCUGGAGGCAGAUGACGGGCACGCCAGCCCCGUUGUGAUGCCGCGCCGCCGCUUAGUCUACAUAUUAUUAUACACUCCGCCGGUCGUUGUCGCGCGUCGCGAGGUAAACAUAUUCAUCGGUAUUGGGCGCGAUGCGAUGUCUGCCCACAUAAUAUUAUGCUGUUGGAAUAUUUCAACGCGGACGCCGUGCCAUCGCCGCCGGGUACUGGACGUGCCGUCACCUUUUCCACGCGCCGAGAGCAAACCACCGCAUCACCAACGCCGCCGUAUCACCUGCACCGAUCGUAUAUUAUAAUAUUAUAAUUAUUAUUAUUAACUGUGCGUUUUAUUAUUAUUGUAUCUUUAUUUUGUUUGUUUUUAUUGUUUAUUAUUAUUAUUAUUAUUAUUAUUUUUUUUUUUUAAUGUCCAAAAAAUUAGGCCCUAUAAGCGCGUUUUAGUCUACAAGCCACUUAGACGACUGGGAGAGUUGCAAUAUUUAUUACGAUUUUAUGCCGUAUAAAACAUUUCUUUAAUCGGGUCGAGCUUGAUGAAAAAUUCCAUCGAUGUACAUCAAACAAUUUUAAUUUCAUUAUAACCAUUAUCUACCCAUUAUUUUUACUAUAGACAAACUUGCAGCGACUGUAAAUACCUAUAUAUAUGGAUAUAUAUAUAUAUAUAUAUAUAUAUACAAAUGGCAUGUACAAAUGUUUGUGGGUAAUGUUAUAUACAUAUUAUACCAACCAAAAAAAUAUAUUUAAAUAAAUAAAUAAUAAACACCAUGCCUAAAAAGCAC